AUGAUAGGCGGACAACACACAAAGGAGCGCCUAAGUGAGCGGUUGCAGGAUUGCCAAAACCAACCCAAGAACCGCGGCUACCUGCCAGGCACGAAGCUGCUGACGGGCGGGUACAGCACCAGAACCCUCCAGGGCAACUGGGCUGAGGAACGCGCGGACGCCGGUUACUACGAUGGCGAGGCGGCCCUUCCCACCCACCUUGCAAGUGUGUGGACGACUGACUACCGCACCAUGACAGGCAACGUGAGCGGCACUGUCUCCCGCCCCGUGUUUGACCAGGCAACGCUGAUGGACAUUGUGGAUCGCAAGCACCGCGCGUACCCCGCACAUCAACCGCACCUGGACCAACAGCAUGCGACGUUGAUGCAAGAGCGCUUCAAGACGGUCACAGGGGAGACGUACACGAAUCCAGAGGAAACAAAACGACGGGAAGAGCUGUACGUUCCCCCGAUUAUUGGUCGUACGCCCACGGCGCAGGCAAAGGCUGUAAUCCUGCGCUUUCAACGCCAGUUACUGCUUUCGCGACACGGGGAGUCGGCGUUUCCUGGAAACAUUUUACGUCAAGUACGACUCUCUCUUGAGCGUAGCGACACGGUCGGGGAGGGAAUGCUUACGGUGGAAGAGGCCCAACAGGCGUUUGCAGAAGCGUCUCUGACGACGAAUAGACCAGAAUGUGUGGCGCUCGUCCGUGCCUUUGACCUUAAAGGGGAUGGGACGGUUUCGAUUGCCAAGAUCAUGGAGGAACUGCGCGGUGAGCUGCGUGAUCGUCGCUACAGUCUUGUGGAGAAGGUCUAUGAGAUGUUGAAAGGCUUCUGCCCAGAUGGUAUUUUGCGGCUUCAGCGCCUUGUGGAGCUUAUUGAUGUUGAUAGCAUGAAUGCCGUGAUCAGCGGCAGAGUGACAUCGUCGCGUGCACAUGGCGCCUUUGUGGAGCAGUGGGACUUGCCGAAUGAGGCGUACAUCUCCUUUGAAACUUUCCUUGUGUACUUUAUGAAUGCCUCCUUUGAGAUUGACAGUGAUCAGGAAUUUGAGGUUUUUAUGCGCAACGUAUGGCAUUUAAGCGGGGGUAAUGGGAAAUCCAUGAAUACCUCUUGCCGGCGUGUGCGUGUGGUGCACAGGAACGGCCGCAUUACCACGGAGGAGGUGAAGAAUGAUUUGUACAUCAAGGAUGGCGACCCAAAUAUGAUGGAGCGCAUCAUCGAAAACUUGGCGUCGUGGGGAAUCAAGGACGUUGCACGGGCAGAAGUAUUGCCGAGGGAGCUGUAA